UGACAAAUCAUUUGCACAGUCAUCCACCCUCCACGCACAUCAACGCAUUCACACAGGAGAGAAGCCCUUCAAGUGUGAGAAGGAUUGCAUUGUACUACACCAGAGAGGGUGCGCAGCACAGAUAGAUCCAAACCAUCAACCAAGGAACAACUGCAUAACGACAUGAACGAGAAACCAGUUGAGUAUGAGGAACAUGACCAGGUUUGCACACAGACAUCAACAGUCAUGAAUCACCAACAUAUUCAAGGAGAUGAGAAACUAUUCAGGUGUGAGUUGUGUGAAAAGGCAUUCUCGAAAUCGUGGAACCUCCACAGGCACCGACGCACACACACUGGAGAGAAACCCUUCACGUGUGAGGUCUGUGACCAAUCCUUUGCACAGUUGUCAACCCUUCGCACACACCGCCGCAUUCACACAGGGGAGAGACCAUUCAAUUGCAACGUGUGUAACAAAUCAUUCUCACAUUCAUCCACUCUCCGUGAACACCAACGCAUUCACACAGGAGAGAAACCAUUUAAAUGUGAUGUGUGCAACAAAUCAUUCUUGGACUCAUCAUCACUCCGUGUACAUCAACGUGUUCACACAGGAGAGAAACCAUUCGCAUGUGAGGUGUGUGAUAAAUCAUUUGUACAGUUAUCGACACUAUGUGCACACCAACGUAUUCACACUGGGGAGAAACCAGUCAAGUGUGAGGUGUGUGAUAAAUCCUUUUCACAGUUAGGGAGUCUCCUGGUCCAUCAGAAGAUCCACACGGGGGAGAAACCCUUCAAGUGUGAGGUUUGUGGUAAAGCUUUUGUGAGAUCUUCAAGCCUCCUGAUACACCAGAUGAUUCACACUGGAGAGAAACCCUUCCAAUGUGGAGCUUGUGAAAUGUCUUUCAUCCAGUCCUCUGAUCUCCUGAGGCACCAGAGGAUUCACACAGGGGAGAAACCCUUCAAAUGUGACCUCUGUGACCGAGCCUUCAGACAGUUAUCGACCCUUGUGGAUCACCGGCGUAUUCACACAGGGGAGAAACAGUUCCCAUGUGAGGUGUGUGACAAAUCUUUCUCGACGUCCUCGUACCUCCUGCGACAUCAGAGGAUUCACACAGGGGAAAAACCAUUUAAGUGUGAGCUUUGCAAUAAGUGCUUUGCCCAGUCAUCGGGCCUGAGUUAUCACCGGCAUGUUCAUACUGGAGAGAAACCAUUCACAUGUGAAAUGUGUAAUCAGUCAUUUCCAUCAUCGUCGACUCUCCGGCGACACCAACGCAUUCACACAGGGGAGAAACCUUUCUCAUGUGGGAUGUGUAACAAAUCAUUCUCAAGAUCAUCACACUUAAGCACACACCAGCGCAUUCACACAGGAGAGAAACCAUUCAUUUGUGAGGUGUGUGACAAAUCGUUCUCUCAGUUAGGGAUCCUGCAGACACACCAACGCAUUCACACAGGGAAGAAACCAUUCACCUGUAUGGAGUGUGACAAAUCAUUCUCAGUGUCAUCACACCUCCGUGUACACCAACGUAUUCACACAGGGGAGAGACCGUUCACAUGUAAGGAGUGUGACAAAUCAUUUUCACAAUUAUCGCACCUCAGCAUGCAUCAACGGACUCACACGGGGGAGAAACCAUUCAAGUGUGAGGUAUGUGACAAAUUGUUCUCGCUGUCGUCAUCUCUCCGUACACACCAACGCAUUCACACCAAGGAGAAGCCCUUCAAAUGUGAGAUGUGUGCAAAAUCAUUCUCAGAAGCAGGGAACCUCCGCAUGCACAAACGUAUCCACACAGGGGAGAAACCUUUCAAAUGUGAGGUGUGUGACAAGGCAUUCUCACAGUCAUCGAGACUCCUGCGGCAUCAGAGGAUCCAUACAGGGGAAAAACCAUUUGUAUGCGAGGAAUGUGACAAAUCAUUCUCCGACUUAGCAGGUCUUCGCGUACACCGACGCAUUCACACCAGUGAGAAACCAUUCACUUGUGAGGUAUGUGAGAAAUCAUUCUCGCAGUCAUCACACCUCCGCAAACAUGAACGCAUUCACACUGGAGAGAAACCUUCCAAGUGUGAGGUGUGUGACAAAUCAUUCUCAGACUUAGCGGCCCUCCACGUACACAGACGCAUUCACACAGGCGAGAAGCCAUUCACAUGUGAGGUGUGUGAUAAAUCAUUCUCUCAGUCAUCGAGUCUCAAUGUACACCAACGCAUUCACACAGGGGAGAAACCGUUCAAGUGUGACAUGUGUGACAAAUCAUUCCGGGUUUCAUCAAAACUUCUGCGCCAUCUAAGGAUCCACACAGGAGAUUAACCAUGCACUCUCUUGUGGUUUGUGAUAAAGGAAUUGUGACAUGUUUAAGCCCCCCAAGUCACCACUGGAUUCACCCCGAUUAGAAAUUGUUCCUGGUACCUCAAUGCAUUCACACUGGAAAGAAACACUAUCCAUAUAUAUUCAACACUGAUACCUUCACACAGUUGUGAGAAGUCUCAGAACAUCAACAAAUUGAAAACAUGUGUCUCUGCACCCAGUCUCACUGUGCAGGGUGUUCAGUGGGACUGGGACACAGAACAAGAAGCAGCUUUCACUCCCAUCAAACAACUAGUGAUGACAUCACCAGUGCUGAGGGAUGAUGAUGUAACAAUGGAGUCACCCUGCAGUGUGAUGUCAGUGAAACAGGACUUGGAGUAACCCCCAGGCAGUGAGGACAGCCCGCUGUGUUUGUACCCAGAGGGUUAACAUAAACUGAACAACACUGUGUACAGAUUGAGAAGGAGAGACUAGACAUUGUCUUUACUUGCAAGCCUUUCAACCCGUCCCUGUUUGGAGAGAAAGAGUGAUGGUCAAGUCUGACCUCAAGUUUCUUCAACUCCUGUCUGCUCCAAAGCAUUUGCAAGUGAUGUUACUUCAUUUGCAGAGAUAUGACUUCGGACUAUGUAGCUGAACACCUUCAAGAUUAUAUGUGCAAUUCAAGGCAUACCCAAACUCUGACUGUGAAAUAUGAGAUAUAACUGGACAAUAUCUGUAAAAUAACUUGCAAAUUAUAUUGCAGAAUGUUUUUCCUUUUGUUAUGGGAAGAGGGGAUAUUUUGAUAAAUUCCUUUACGCACUGUACCUAGUCAUUUUAUGUGAUUUCUGAUGUCAUAUGCAAUUAAGAUUUGAGGACAGUGCUCCAAAUAUUAACAAUAUGAAUUUUCCUGAAAUUUGGGAAGUGGAUCGAUGAAAACGGGAGUGACCUUGAGCAGCAGAUUAAGUCCAGAUUUAAACUUGUCCCAUCUGAAUAAAACCUCACUUAUCGCAGCUGCUGUCUCAGUUCACCUGGGAAAUGUUUGGCAGAGAUUUUGAGUGUGAAAGUAACAUUCUUCAUCCUCAGAGGAUUUCAAAUUGACACCAUCAGUGUGGGAUGUGUGGCCUCAGAAGUGUUUGACAGCAGAUCAGAAGCAGAAGACCCACAGCAUCCAAGGCAGCAAUGAUGUGCAGUUGUGGGAUCAGCACAUGCAUGUGUGUGUCACCAAAGUCUUACCAGACCAUAGGGGCUGCUUUCAUAUUAGAGAGAGAGAGAGAAGCAACUGAUGGGGAUUUAGCCUGAGGGCCACCAGAUCUCAAGCGAGGGAAGAGGUUGAGAAGGAGAGUCCUUCAUCUUCAAACCGGUGAUGGGAACUGAACCCACACUGUUGGCAUCACACUACUCUGUAAACCAACAACCCAGCCAACUGAGCAAAACAGUUGGCACAUGCAGAGGAGGGACAGACAUAGGAAAGGUGAGCACAAGGUGAAGGGGACACUUUUCACCAAGCUGUCUAUCUUUCUUGUACUUUCUAGGUCAAAUUAGUUCUUAACUUAAAGAUUUGUUAACUUGUAUUAAAAAAUAAAUUGAGGCCGAGAGUAUUGAUCUAUUUAAUAACACUGUUGUGUGAGGUAGUGCUUCUGGAAAGGUUAAUGUUGGAGUUUGGAUCAAGCUCCACCCAAUCCCAAUAUCAUCUUGGGUAUGGAGAAGUGGAGUUUAGCUUGAGAUCCUGAUGAAGACACAAAUGACAUAAUCAUU